AUGGUUCGGCCGUCAGAGUUCAACACCGUCCCGGCGGUGAUCACGGACAAACUCAUCCGCUCGUGCAUCCAGGUCGAGGGCAGCGAUGAGAAGCGCGACGAGAAGCGCCAGGCGAUCGCGUUCGCGGACGUGACCAACCUGAUGCUGUCCUUCCAAAACGUCCUCAAGGUCGAGAACCUGCGCGGCCUCGAGGCGCUCACGAAGCUCCAGCUCGACAACAACGUCAUCGAGAAGAUCGAGGGCCUCGGGCACCUCGUCAACCUCACGUGGCUCGACCUCAGUUUCAACAACAUCAAGUGCAUCGAGGGCCUCGAAAACCUCGUCAACCUCACCGACCUCUCCCUCUCCAACAACCGGAUCGAGACCAUCGAGGGGAUGGAGACGCUCACGCAGCUGCACGUGCUGUCCCUCGGAAACAACCUCGUGACGUCGCUCGAGGGCGUCAUGUACCUGCGCCAGUUCCGCAGACUGCGGAUGGUCAACUUGUUGGGCAACCCGAUCGCGUCGUCGCCGGAGUACCGCCCGUACGUGCUGUCGCACAUCAAGGACCUCGUGUACCUCGACUUCCGACGCAUCGACGCCCACGAGGUCGCGGCGGCGCGCGAGCAGUUCCAGGACGAGAUGAUCGAGAUCGAGGAGCGCGAGGAGGCCGAGCGGCACGAGGAGCACGCGCGCGAGGAGGCCGCGGUCCACGAGGCCGAGAUGCGCAAAGCCAACCUGCUCGGCGUCGACACGCUCGUGGACGACAUCACCGAGGAGGUGCCCGAGUUCCGGCGGCUGCAGAACAUCGCGGGGCUCACGGACGGCAUCCAGGCGAUGCGCGACGCGUACCAGGUGCUGCUGGAGGAGUUCCGGGGGGAGAUGCUGGGGGAGUAUUCCAGGAAGGAGGAGGAGAAGAAGGAGUUCCGCACGGUGCUGGACGGGCUGCUGGAGGACCGGGAGAACUUCUGCCGGUCCGUGGUGGUCGAGUUCGACAAGGCCAAGAAGGGGGUGUUGCGCGCGCUGUCCAAGACGCCGGCGGGCGCCGCGGAGCGCGUGAAGGACCUGCGCGUGCAGCUGGCGGGGAUGCGCGAGCAGCUGAUGGACGUGGAGAUGGAGCUCGUCGAGAACAUCCAGGCGCUGGUCGACGAGCUGCUCCGGAACUACCACACGCUCGCGGAGCGCUCGCGCAGCAUGAUCAGUGCGUUCUUCCAGCAGACGCGCGAGCUGGGCGGCGCGCUGCAGGAGAGCAUGACGCGCGAGGCGAUGGCGGUGCUGGACAAGCUCGCGAGCGACCCCCCGGAGCUGGACCUGGAGGCCAUGUCCAGCGAGGCGCGUAGUUUGUUGCAGGACAAGGACCAGCUGAUGUCGACGGUGCAGGCGUGCCACGACGGGAUCACGAGCAGGAUCGACGCGCUGGACGACAAGCUCGUGAGCGAGGAGGCGCGGCGGGCGCAGGAGCUGAGCGCGUGGUAUGGGGAGUGGGCGUACAAACGCAACCGGAGGCGCGUGGUGGAGAUCUCGUCGCUCAUCGCGCUGCACGAGGGCGAGCUCGAGGAGCUCGUGCAGGCCAACAACGAAGACGGCGUGUGA